AUGAACACUGAUGAUGAUGCAAUUGUGGGUAUCUUUGAUUUGGGACUUGAUCUACCUGAUGAUGACCUUUUUCCUUCAUCUGAUUUAGAAAAUUAUGAUGGCUGUUUUUACUCAAUUUCACUUCUCUCUCUUCCGAAAUUCUUUCUCCUUCGUGAAAAACUCGAUUCUGAGCGUUGCAAGAACUCCAAAAAUCGACUACAAAUCAAAAAAAAAAAGUCAAGAACUAAUUCUUACAUUCGUGUUCUUCUGAAAAAAGAAAAUUACCCUAGCUUUUUCUUUGACUUUGAUGUUGAUGAAUCCAAAUCCCUAUGCUUGGCAUUAUGGGUAGAUGGUACAUGCAGAAGAAAUUAUGUUGUUUUUGGUGGCUCUAUAUCUAUAGAUGCUACAUAUAGCAUUAAUAAGUAUAAUUUAGUAUUUGUGCCAUUUACGGGUGUAGAUAAUCAUAAGUGGUGUGUGACAUUUGCCAUUGGUUUAAGUAGCAAGGAGGAUGUUGCGUCAUAUGCCUGGCUUUUUCAGACUUUUUUGAAUGCUAUGGAGGGGAAACAACCGUAUUCUAUCAUUACUGAUCAAGACCCUGUUGUUACGAUUGCUUUGCCGACAGUUUAUCCAAAGUCUGUUCAUAAAUUUUGUGUAUGGCACAUAAUGAAGAAGUUGAAGGAUAAAGUAUCUGUUGAAUUGCGUAGUGAUGAAAACUUUCUUAAACGAAAUUAUUAUUUGGUGUACAAUAGGGACAACGAGCCACAUGAAUUUGAAACUGAGAGGUCAAAAUUGCUAUUUGAUUAUAAGGAACAUAAGUUGGAUGAAAAUAUUUGGUUGUCAACUAUGUAUAAUAUCAGGAAAAUGUGGGUUCCUGCUUAUUUUAGAUCUAUUUAUAUGGGUGGUUUGCUUAGGACUACAUCAAGAUUUCUCACUUUAGUCGAGCUCCAAAUGCGAUUUCAAAGCGCAAUGGAUACGCAACGUCAUAAAUUGGAAAUACUUGAAAGUAAGGAUAAGUUGUUUACUCCACCACUUAAGACACCAUUAAUGUUGGAAAAAUAUGCUGCUUCUAUAUAUACUCUUGCUGCUUUUUAUGAUUUUCAAGCUGAAUUUUGCACUGCUUGUUUUGAAUGUGGGCUAGACACACAUCAUUUUGAUAAUGGUAAAGAUUGUUUUUCAGUGAUUUAUUUGAGUAACAAAAGGGUUUUUAAUGUUGUCUUUGAUCCAACAACACUUGAGGUGGAUUGCUCAUGUAAGAUGUUUAAACGUGUUGGAAUUUUAUGUAGGCAUUCUCUUUGGGUUUUAAAUGCUAAGUGUGUUAAUAAAUUGUCUGAGCAACACGUUUUGAGAAGGUGGACUAAGCUUGCUUUUAAAACUCCUAUAUAUGAUGUUAAUGGAGUACAAUUAAUUGAUUCUGUUAUUAAUGAUCCAAAAAAAAGGAUGUUAGGGGAUGUUUGGAACGAAGUUCAUCGUUGUGUUGGUCUUGCUGAAAGUAGUAUAGAUGAUCUUCAAGAAUUAUUGGAGAAACUAAAAGUCUAUUCAAGUGAACUUUUAGAAAAGAAAAACAGUUUAGUGGAACAAACAAAAGAUCGGGAUUUUGAGGAUUUUGUUGGUUGUAAAGCGCCCGAAGUUAUUAGCAUCGAAAAUCCAAAAGUAUCUUCAAAUAAGGCCACUAGAAAGGAGAGUGAUACUAAUGACAAAGAGGCUCUAGGUCUAUAA